AUGGCGACGUUUCUUUUUGGAAUAUUGCUAAUUACAUAUUUAGGCUACACAAGUUGUGAAAACUGCGUGUCUGAAAGAAGGUUUAUUGAACUUGAGGAAAUUAUCCGCGUGAAGUUUGAGGAAUUAAAAAAUGAAAAUCAUGAACUGAAAGAGAAAAUGAUGGCUCUUGAAACGAAACUUGAAUUUUAUGAAAGUCAAAGAAAGGAAUCUCCUCCUGAUCAAGAUAUUCCAGAUGAAAUUAACACUCCUGUAGACGAGAGUGUUACUGACAUCCGCAACAGAAUCAACCGAGUCAUUGAGUCUAGAACCAUAUCUGGUAAACUGAAACGCUACAGCAGUUCUCUAAUAGAUUGUUGUAUGAUUUUAUUUAACUGUCUAAUGAAUUAUAUUUAUUUUGUUGCAGGACAAGGGUCAGAAAACGUUGCAUUUUAUGCGUACUUAAGCGGGAAGCGUUGCUAUGGAAACCACGAAACAAUCAUUUAUGACGUUGAGGAAACUAACGUCGGCAAUGGUUAUAGUUCUCGGGAUGGAAUAUUUGACGCUCCUGUGACAGGUGUAUACGUCUUUACUCUAACUCUGGUUCCUGAUUUCUACAAGUACGUUCAAGCAGAAAUCAUCGUCAAUGGUGCUGUAAAGGGCAACAUUUUUGCAGAUUCUGAAGAAAUCCACGAUAUGCAUCCAGCAAGCACGACCAUUGUUGUGCAUCUCAAUGCCGGUGACCAUGUCUACGUCAGACGUGGAACGAAUUGCGAUUGUGACGUCAUUAGUGACACUGCACAUGCAAGAAGUAAUUUCGCGGGAUGGCUACUUUUCUAAUUCAGCUUUCAAAUAAAAUGAAAAAUAUUACAAAAUAUGUGUUCAUGUAUUUUAACUCUGAGUGAACAGCACGUAAACAUACAACCGUGUAUUGUUAAGUAAAUAGAUCACUUCGUU